AUGGAGGUCCCUGCUGCUGAGGACUCGAUGGAAAUGGCCUCACCCUAUCAUCAGGAGCAGGUCGAUGAUUUCGAUAUCGACAUCGACCUGAUGGAAGAUCAUGUUUCAAACAUGGAUAGCGACAUGGUCGGGGUCGAUGACCCCGCAGCCUUGUCCGCCACAGAACCUGACAUGGUUAUGUAUGAUGAGCCUUCCCCAGAGUCGAUGGUUGACGCCGAGAACUUCGACCUCCUUGAUGCGGAUGAAGGCACCGUUCCAAAUUACGAAGCAGACAUGCUGGGAAGUGACCAGGACGAAGAACUCGUGGAAGAUGUGCCCACUAUUCAAGUCGAAAUCACUGACAGCAACACAACUGAAACCCAAACGGACAACUACCAUGUUCCAGAACCCGCCGAGACUAUCGAGUCCGCGCCCUACGUCUCAGAUCAUCGCACAGAGACGGUCACCUCGGAAGUCAUCGCAGAGCCACGGUCACAGUCGGAAGCCGAGCACACCCAACAGGGAAUUCUUCUGGAGUCAGGUCAGACGGGAGAGGUCCAGGCUGAGCAACCCGAGGGUACUCAGGUCAGUGUCAGCAAUGACCAGACCGAGUUUAAUGAAGCUGCUCAUUCUGCCUUGGACAGUACCGUUGAUAUAGCUGAGGAUCAACCUGCUCACACUCACACGAGCCCCCUUGCCCAAAGUGCUCAGGUUACUGAACCGGAUGUCAGCAAUGCCCAAGCUGAACUCGAUGAAACUGCUCAUGUAGCCUUGGACGGGACCGAUACUGCCGAGGAUCAACAGUCUGUUCACCUUCAAACUUCUUCCGAUGGCCCUGAAACCCAGGUUUCUCAGACAGACUCUGCUUCGAAAGAAACCGAAGUAGAAAACACUGAGUAUCCUGUGACUCCUAAGCCCCACGAGUCACACGAGUCACACGAGUCACACGAGUUGGAACAUCAGACCCAUGAACCCGAAUAUGAGAACCCCGAAGAUGAGUCUUUGCACCCAGUCAAGGUGCUUUACCAGGACAACGAAAUUUCUCUCUUCCCGCCCCUUGCAGGAGAUUCGGCGGAGACUUUUUUCCUCCACGAUGAAGAGAUUGGGUACGACAAUGUCGGUAGACUGUUCAGUUGUUUCCGAGAUGUUCUUGGGGAUAAUGUUGCCAAGGAUGAGGUUCUUGUUAUUGAUAUCGAUGCUCUUGGUAUCCAAAUCACGGAGGACUCGCAACAUACAUCCAAGAUGACCUUGCAACAUAUUUUGGACAUUUACGUUCGCCUCAGCUAUAACGAUGGCAUUACCCACCCAGAUCCGCUUUAUCUCACGCUUACUAGCAAAAUUUCUUCUUAUUCUGAGUUGGCUGGUCUGGACAGUGCUGCAAAUGAAGGCAAAGGCCUCUCUCAGAUCCACGCAUGGGAUGUAGACUGGGAGGAUGAGGGCAACGAAGGUUCUGCAGCAUAUGAACAGCCCGUCGAAGACUCGCAUGUCGGUGAGCCUCAGGGCCAGUCUGCACAGGCGGCACAUGCCGAAGCCCCUGAUGAUGGUUACUCUGAACAUGACGGUGCUGACACUGGUCCUGUUGAACCCGUACAUGAACAAGGAGAGAACGAAGAGGACAAUCAUGAUUCGACGAGAGUUCAGUCUACUCACGAAGAAAAAGGUGAAAACCACGAUGAUUCUGAAGCUCAGGAUAUCGAGCCCUCGACUGCCACUACUGGUACCACUUCGAACCCCCACCCGAACGAGCAAUCGCCACGUGGAUCUACGCACUACAUGGUCCGGCAAGGGUGGGAUUCUUGGGAGGAAACCCCGAGCAAGGAAAGCCAGAACGAAGAAGACCAGCAUGAGGAAGACCAGCAUGAGGAAGACCAGCAUGAGGAAGACCAGCAUGAGAAAGACCAGCAUGAGGAAGAUCAGAGAGAGGAGGUUCACGCUAGCCAUGAUCACGAUGAGGAAAUUCCGACUCGGAAUAGUGUACACGCCGACCAUCGAGACUUCGAUGAUUUCGAAGACGAAGCCACCCACGAGCAGAACUAUGUGCCAGAAUCAGCGGACGAUACGACUGCUGGUGAUCUUACAUUUGUCCCCGAUGAAAAAUUCACGCAGGAGAAUGGUAUUGCGCCUGAUGACCAGGAUGGUACUGCGGGCCUUGAUGAUAAUUCCUUUGGAGAAUCCGAGUACACUCUGGACAACACGCCACAGGAGGAUAAUCUUGAUUUCCCCGAGCAAACCUUAGAUCCCGAAGAUGACUUGCUUGGCAUUGCUGAAGACCUGGUGCAGACUCCUGACCAAGGCCGUCAAAACGAUCAGCUCAAGUAUGCCGAGGAGGAUUUGGUCUCUCCCCAUGACGACGAUGCCGCAGCUUCGCCCGCCGGAGAAGCUCAAGACAACGGUCCUCACUCCGACUUCCAAGCCUCGGAAGCAAUCGAAUUGUCGGGAAUUGACCCUUUCUCUACUGACUCCCAUCCCAAUGACAAUAUCUCCACGUCUGCCCAAGGGGCCCAGGAGAAAGAUGAGAAUGAGCGAGACCCCACCAACGCCACCCCCGAUUCUAAGCGCCACCGACCUUCAGAGGCCACCAAAAUUGAGGGAACCGUUUCUUCCCCUCCUAAACUCCACUCCUGCCAUACCCCCAAGUCUCUCAAACGGAUGCGUGAGGCGGGUGAUGUAUGGAUUCGCACGACAAGCCCCCCCUAG